AUGGACGAAAUCACGCCCGCCGACCCGGUUACGCGCCGCUCUGUCGAUGCUGGUAAGCAGGUGACGGAGCUCGUAUCGGAGCUCGAGGCCGAAGGGCCACUGCCGGCAAACAACUUCGCCUUCACGCCGUCCCAGUUACACAAGCUCUUGAAACAGAGAAGUGUUGCUGCUCUCGACGUCUUUGGAGGGCUCCGCGGUCUUGUGCUGGGCCUUCGUACCGAUCUAUCUACGGGCCUGAGUGUUGACGAGACCAAUCUCGAUGGCACAAUCACCUUUGACGAGGCCGUUGCGGCUGCUCGCCAGGACCGCGUGCCAGUCGUCUCCCCCGUCGAGGUGCCUCUUGCUCGCCCAAGCUUGACGUUCCAGAUAGGCGGACCCGAUCAUCAGUUCAUCGACCGGAGACGCAUCUUCGGCGCCAACAAGCUACCCCGGCGUCGACAAAAGUCUUUCUUCAAGCUCAUGUGGAUUGCCUUCAACGACAAACUCAUGAUCCUGCUUACGAUUUCCGCCUCUAUAUCUCUGGCAAUUGGACUGUACCAAUCUCUAACCGCUGACGAGGACACGUCCAACAUCGAAUGGGUUGACGGAGUGACAGUUGUGGCCGCCAUCAUCGUCAUCGUCCUGGCCAGCGCCGCAACCGACUGGCAAAAGAACCACCGCUUCGAAAAGCUUAACGAGCGACAGCAGCAGCGCGAUGUGACGGUCCUCCGAUCCGGCAGGAUACAGCAAAUCUCGAUAUAUGAUGUCAUGGUGGGAGAUGUCCUGCACAUUGAGGCUGGCGAGGUCGUGGCCGCCGACGGCCUUCUGAUCCAGGGUUCCAGUUUAUAUAUCGAUGAGUCGUCCAUCACGGGAGAGUCUCAGCUGGUCCGCAAGAUGUCCCCAGAGGAUUGCAGCCGUUCUCGAGCCCCCGUGACUGAUCCCUUCAUCUUCAGUGGCACCACUGUCUGUCGCGGUGUCGGCCGCUUUCUCGUUCUUUCGAUAGGCGAAAACUCGGCCUACGGGAGGACCCUCAUGUCUUUGCGAGAGGAUAUUGAAGAGACGCCUCUCCAGGCCAAGCUUGGAAGAUUGGGUAAGCAGCUCAUCAUAUUUGGCGCCACUGCAGGUGCCAUCUACUUUUUGAUUCUCUUCAUCCGAUACCUGGUCCGAUUGCCGCACCACAGACAUGCGCGACCAACUCAAAAAGCCGAAGCCUUUCUCCAUAUCGUCAUGCUUGCUGUCACCAUUGUCGUCAUCACCGUCCCUGAGGGCUUGGCGCUGAAUGUCACCAUUGCUCUUGCUUUUGCAACUACGAGGAUGCUCAAGGACCACAAUCUUGUUCGUCUUAUUCGGUCCUGUGAGAUUAUGGGCAAUGCCACGUCCAUCUGCUCUGACAAAACGGGGACCCUUACGCAAAACAAAAUGGCCGUUGUCGCUGGACGCGUUGGGCUUGAAAGUGGCUUCGAGGAUUACGAAAUCCCUGUCACAGGCUCGAGCUCGAGUCCUGCGUCGUCGGUGUCGAAGCUUCCCUCGGCCAGGCAAUUCAUCUCGACCGUCUCCCCGCAAGUGCAGAGCAUGAUCAAGGACAGCAUAGCCCUCAACUCCACUGCCUUUGAGAGAGACGACUCCGCAGGAGCCGACUUUGUGGGAUCUGGUACCGAGACGGCUCUGCUCAAAUUUGGCCGAGAUCACCUAGGCAUGGGUAAGCUCGGAGAAGAACGAGCCAACAACCCUAUUGUCGCCAUGCUCCCGUUUGAUUCGGCGCGAAAGUGGAUGGCCGUUUUAUUCAAGCUUCCCAACGGCAAAUAUCGACUCCUAGUUAAGGGAGCUGCUGAGAUUGUGUUCGAGUAUUGCGCCUUCAUAAUUUCAGACCCGACCUUUCAAUUCACCACCGCUCGGCUCGAAGAAUCGGACAGGGAGAGCUUCCGCAGAACGAUCAACGACUAUGCCGUCAAUCUUCUUCGCCCGGUCGCUAUAAGCUUCCGGGACUUUGAUGAGCACGAAGUAUUUGAACACCCAGACGAUGACCCUGCUUCCGUUAAUUUGGAAUGGUUGGCAUCGGGCAUGGUAUUCAUCGGCUUCUUUGGAAUUCGUGAUCCUCUACGUCCAGAAGUGGUUGAUUCUGUACGCAAGUGCCAAGAUGCCGGCGUUUUCGUGCGCAUGGUUACUGGCGACAACUUCCUCACGGCCAAGGCCAUUGCUGCCGAGUGUGGCAUAUACACUGCUGGCGGCGUUGCCAUGGACGGGGCAACAUUUAGAAAAUUGACGCCGGCGCAACGGGAUGCCAUCAUCCCACGCUUGCAGGUAUUGGCGAGGUCCAGUCCCGAAGACAAGCUGUUGCUCGUCACACGCUUGAGAGAAAUGAAAGAGACGGUGGCAGUUACUGGUGAUGGAACAAACGAUGCGCUUGCUCUAAAGGCCGCAGACGUCGGCUUUGCCAUGGGCAUUCAGGGCACCGAAGUUGCUAAAGAAGCUGCUUCUAUUAUUCUGCUUGACGACAACUUUGCAUCCAUUGUGAAGGCCCUGAGUUGGGGACGAACAGUGAAUGAUGCCGUCAAGAAAUUCAUUCAGUUCCAAUUUACCAUCAACAUUACGGCAGGCAUCACAACAAUCAUCUCAGAACUCGUUGGUGAUUCCAUUUUCACCGUUGUGCAACUGCUCUGGAUCAACCUCAUCAUGGACAUUUUCGCAUCCCUUGCAUUUGCUACGGAUCAUCCUUCACCAGAUUUCUUGAUGCGGAAGCCGGAGCCUCGCAACACAGCCAUUGUGAGCAUUACCAUGUGGAAGAUGAUCAUUGGUCAAUCUAUUUACCAGCUAUUGGUCGUCUUUCUUGUGCAUUAUGUCGGCUGGGACAUAUUCAAUCCUGGAACCAAGCACGAGAUUGAUAAGUUGCAAACACUUGUGUUCAACAUUUACGUCUGGAUGCAGUUCUUCAACCAGCACAAUUGCCGAAGAGUGGACAAUAAAUUAGAUAUUUGGUACCAAGGAAUUCUGAAGAAUCCUUGGUUUAUUGGCGUACAGCUUCUGACGAUUCUUGGUCAGUUCCUCAUCAUCUUCAAGGGAGGCGAAGCUUUCGACACGAAACCGUUGACGGGAGCUCAAUGGGGAUGGAGCAUCUUGUUUGGCAGCCUGACCAUUCCUCUUGGCGCUCUGAUUCGCCAAGUACCUGAUGAAUUGGUAGCACAGUUGUUCCACGCCUUGAAGAAGCUCUUCCUUUUCAUCACCUCGCCAUUUGGACAUGGUUGGGCUAGAAUUUCCCGGAAGAGGAAGGCCCAACUCGGAGAUGACUCCCAACAAGAAAUGGGAGUUGUUGAGAACUCAGUUGUUCCAGCCAGCUCGCCAGUUGCAAGCCCAUCACUUGGCGGGGUGGAUGAAGUCUCUUCAGAUGGCAAAACACAACCUACAAUCAACAGCAGCAGCAUAGCCGAGAGCUCCGCAAUGGGCUCCAGGCACUCCAUGCCCACCAUGUCUGAAAAGAUGGAGCUCGACCUGCAAGCAUUGAUUAAUGCUGCUAAAUUAGACCAGCUCGCUGACAAGGAGAAGUUUGAGAUUCAUCCUCGCACGCUGAAAAACGAUCCGAUCCUGACGCCCCGCUCAGACUCGGAUAUACCACCCAGUCAAGACCCUUACAUUUUGCGGUACUUCUUUAGAACUAGGAGAAACAAUGUUGUCGAUUCAAGCAGGCCGGUCCGUAGGCAAACGGUACCUGCUCGAGUUACCUGGGUCGAGCCUAGAAGGCCAGCUCCCGCUCGAACCAGACAGCAACAAAAUCGGCGGGACUGGCUUUCUUGGGAAGGGUGGCUGAGGUCAAGGAGGCGAUAG